AUGGGUAAUCUACCUAAAGAAAGAGUGCAAGAAAACAUCAAGCCAUUUAAAAACACGGGUGUUGAUUAUGCAAGCCCACUGAAACUAAAAGAGACUCAAAAUAUUGAAUGGAAGUUUAUUCCACCAAAGACACCAGAUUUCGAGGGCUUAUGGGAGGCAGCCGUAAAGUCAACGGAAAAACAUCUCUUGGUGAUCACGAAAGACACCAUUUUAACAUUCGAGGAAUGUUAUACACUUUUAUCAGAAAUUGAAGCAAUUCUUAAUUCACGUCCGUUGACUCCUCUAUCAAAUGAUCCCGAUGAGCUAAGUGUGUUGACACCCGGUCAUUUUUUAGUAAAAGAGCCCCUCGUAGCUCCAGCAGAAACUGAUUAUAAAGAUACAGCAACUAAUAGGCUAUCUCGUUGGCAGCAUAUACAAAAAAUGCGCCAAUACUUUUGGAAAAGAUAG